AUGGGCGAGCCAGAGAAGUCUAAGUCAGACUCCACUGUUGACACCUACAGUGUUAAAGGCGAGAAGCCUGAGACGAGUCUUGUCAACAUCAUCGUCGCUAUGACUGCUUGCCUAGGAGGCUUCGUCUACGGAUUUGGCGCCAAUGCAUUGUCCGGUUCUUUGUCCCAGGUGACGUUCAUUGAGAAAUUCCUGUCAACGCCACAAGCAGCAUCUCGCCAAAGUGGUAUGCUUGGAGGCUUCCUUGGUGGUGCUAUGAUCGGAGCUCUAGUGCAGGCACCACUGGCUAAUAAAUUCGGCCGUCGUAUUGCUAAUGGAGUCGCUGCCCUAAUCGUGAUCAUAUCCGGUGCCCUGCAGGCAGGUGCGGUGAAUGUCGCCAUGUUUAUAGCUGGGCGCGUUAUCUGCGGUAUUGGCUCUGGUAUGAUAUUCGCUAACACUCCUGUCUAUAUGAGUGAAGUCUCACCUCCUCAUACGCGUGGAAUGCUAGUUGGUAUGCACGGAGUCGGUACUGUGACGGCCUACAUUAUAGCUGCGUUGUGCGCAUUGGCAUUCAGCUUUGUGAAACACUCAAUCCAAUGGAGAUUGAUUUUCAUUGUUCUCACGGCCAUUGGUGUCAUUUACAUUUUGACACUCUAUUUCAUUCCCGAGUCCCCUCGAUGGUUGAUGGAACAAGGUCGGGAUGAAGAGGCCAUUCGAGUACUGGAAUACCUUCAUCGCACGAACCGAGAUCCCAGUGCUAGCUUUGCUCAUGCAGAAGCCAAACAGAUUAAGGCUCAGGUUGAAGCUGAGAAAAACAGCCCGCGCGGAUUUAUUUACAUCUUGAAGACCCCAUCUCACAGAAAGAGAGCUAUCUGUGCUGUGCUACUGUGGACCAUGGGCCAAGGAACAGGUAUUACUGCUAUUGCCAAUCUGAUUCCCACGCUAAUGGGAAGUCUCGGUUUCGGAACAACGAUGCAGCUGGGACUUGGUGUGGUUUGGACUGUUUGUGCACUUAUUGGUUGCGCAAUUAAUGUCUUCCUUCUCGACCGCGUCGGCCGUGUCAAACUCCUAGUUGUUGGCGGAUUUGGUAGCGCCCUGCUUGUUGGCAUUAUGGCAGCGCUGGAAAAGUACUAUCUCAACACAUCGUACACACCAGGUGUGAACGGUGCAGUGUCUUUGUACUUCAUCUUUGGAGCAUUUUAUACCGCCACGAUUGAGUGUACCUCAUAUGUCUACGGUUCCGAGAUCUGGCCGACUCAUCUCCGCAGUGAAGGUGCCACCCUAGCCUUCGCCAGUUUCUUCGGAAAUGCCAUUGCUUACAGCGCCCCUGUUACUAUCGCGCUGGAUAACAUUGGGUGGAAAUUCUAUAUGGUAUUUGUCAGUGUGACAGCUGUGACAACUACCAUAAUUCUGUUUUACUUUCCCGAGACAAUGGGUCUAAGUCUUGAGGAAAUAAAUGUUACUUUUGGUGAUAAAGUCGUAUUGGAACUACAGAAUGCUCUUGUAUCUGAUGAAUCCGAGUCAGAGCGUACUAAGAGUGCCAAGGAGUAG